ACAAACCUCUCAUUUUGCUUAUAUAUAUUCCAUAACUGAGCGCAUCAAGAUUGAGCCAUUUCAGGUUUGUUAAUUUCCUCUUCCUUGCUCCAACCUUCAUUGACUAUGGCUUCCAAAGCACCUGCUCUCAUCCUCUUGUUUGUCAACCUUGUCCUUUAUUUUAUUGUGAUUGUUAUUGCAGCUUGGGCUAUCAACCAUGGAAUCGAAAGAUCUCGUGAAGCAGCUUCUGUACUAUCAAUCCCAGCUCGGAUAUUUCCAAUAUACUUACCAAUUGGUAACAUGGCCACUGGUUUCUUUGUGAUUCUGUCCCUCCUUGCUGGUGUUGUGGGAUUCACAACUUCAUUGACUGGACUUCACAAUGUGGUUACUUGGCAUCUCUCCGACCUACACACUGCAGCUUUCUCUUCACUUGCUUCUCUAUCUCUCACUAUUCUUGCCUUGGGAUUGGCAUGCAAAGAGUUUCAAGGUGGAUGGACAGGUUCAAAUCUGAGGACUUUAGAGGUGCUCACAGUAAUUGUGAGUGCAACACAAUUGUUUUCGACCUUUGCCAUUCAAGUUGGAGCUGAUGAUGUUAGUGCUCAAGAAAGGGCCAGGCUUGGAGGAAGAGUUUAAUCUUUAAACCCCCUCAUCUUUCAUAAAUUGUUUAUCCCAAUGAUUAUAAAACUGUAUUCUUUGAGUUGUCAUCCUUGUAUACAUUUUUUUUUUUCCUUUAAAUUUUUCUAUUUGACGGCAUAUUGUGUGUAUUACUGUAUGGAAUAUGUAAAAUUUCCCUAUACCUGAUUUGUAUAAAAAAUUUUCUCCAAAAAAAUAAAAUGUUGAUCAUACCCAAGAUCACAAUACAAAA